AUGAAGUUCGCUGUCCUUUCCGCGCUCGCCAUCCCCGUCGUGGUCUCUGCCCAUGGCGUCAAUGUCGUCCGCCAUCACCCCCGCCAGGCUGCUCCCGUCGCCGCCGCCUCGUCCGCCUUACCUGUCGCGUCGUCCGGCUCUUCAGUCACGUCAGCGCCCGCGCCCUCUAGCUCUGGGUCUGGCGCCGUGGCAAGCUCCGCCUCUGGCACCGUAUCGAGUCGUUUUGUCAGCGGCGCGACCACCCUCAGCUUCUCCAUGGCCUCCGAGAACCCUACCGCUGUUCCUCUCUCCGAUAUCACUUACAGCAUGAGCUCUUGGCCCACCGCGCCUCUCUUUUCCACCUUCGCACCGGCCGCUACCAACUCCCUUAUCUCUAACGCUCCCCCCCUUCCCAACGCGGCUCUCAUAGUGCCAAGCCAAUACCCGGCCCUGGACAAGACCCCCCCGACCGAUUCUCCGCAGGUACAGCAGUGGUUGUCGGAAGUCAUGAACUCGGGUAUUCCCAUCCCCGAUUUGUCCCCAACCAACCCUGGCGGUUGCGGCAACAACUCUGCCAUCCUUGGCGAGGCGGAUCGUUGUUGGUGGACGUGCGGUGGAUGCACCACCACCACCGACAUUACCACCUGCCCUACCAAGUUCAACUGGGGUCUCACCCACGAUGACGGUCCUGGCCCGUAUACCCCCGGUCUCUUGCAGUAUCUCGAAAUGGUUAAUCUUCGCACUACUUUCUUCGUCAUCGGUUCCCGCGUCAUAGAGUACCCGGUAACGCUGCAGACCGAGUACAUGUCGGGGCACCAGCUUUGCGUUCACACUUGGAGUCACCCGUACAUGACUACGUUGACAACCGAGCAAGUUGUCGCGGAGUUGGGUUGGGCGAAAGCAAUCAUCAAGGCAAUCAUCGGAGUUACCCCGUUGUGCUGGAGACCUCCGUAUGCUGAUGUCGAUAACCGUGUUCGGGCUAUUGCUAAAGCCCUGAACUUGGAAACCAUUAUCUGGACUGGUGUGAACGUCGGACAGUCUAACCACUUCACGUUCGACACUAAUGAUUGGGAUUUGCCCGCUGGUCUUGUCACUCCUUGGCAAGUGCUUGACAACUGGAACAACAUCAUGGGCAACGUCAGCCAGCUUGACACCGGUUUCAUCGUGCUCGAGCACGAUCUCUUCCAGCAAACCGUCGAUAUGUCCACCGGCUACAUCCUGCCGGAUGCUCUUGCUCACCAGCCCCAGCUCAACAUCACCCCGAUCCAUGAGUGUUUGGGUAGGACCUUGUCGGACGUCUAUCUCGAGACAAACAACAACGCAUCUAACCCAAUCUACGUUAGCUCGUAUGGUACUAGCUCGUACUCCGGAACAGCUGCUGCGCAGUCUACGUCCUCCGGUGGUUCCAGCAAGAGUGGCCAAGGCGCGUCGGGCGCGUCAAAUACCAACGGUGCCACGAGUUCGAUGGCGCACUACUCCGUCGUGGGCAUGUCGCUCGUCAGCUUGCUCGCGGGCAUCGGCGCAGUUCUGCUAUGA